UAAAAGGCCAUGGCUUCUUCUCCUCGUCUGCCAUAGCCAAGAAACAAGAUCUACUAGUGCUACUACACUAGAAGCUGCCAUAAGCAAAGAAGAGACAAUAAACAGGACCAUGUACCACCAUAACAAUGGCGAGGUUGCCAGCUUCCACUUCCUCCCGCCCCCAAACCCUUCCUCCUCCUUCACCACUCACCACCACAUGAACAUGGCCUUGCCCCCUCAAGCCUACUUCCCGCCCUCCUUUGAUCCUGCCGCUCUACUCGCCGACGUCGACGACGUGGCAGCAGCCUUUGAGUUGGACGCUAUCCUACUAGCAGAAGAAGCGGCUCACCUCGCCGGCGGCAAUGGCUCGCCCAGCUCGGGCUCCGACGCCGGUGGCGGAAGCUACCUCCAGGUGGGCGGUGCUGGCGCUGGAGUUGGCGCCGCGGAGGAGGAGAGGAGGCGGCGGCGAAUGGUCUCGAACCGGGAGUCCGCGCGGCGGUCGCGCAUGCGCAAGCAGCGGCAGCUGAGCGAACUGUGGGCGCAGGUCACGCACCUCCGCGGAGCCAACCGCCGCCUCCUCGACGAGCUCAACCGCGCAUUGUGCGAGUGUGCCGGCGCUCGCCGCGAGAGCGCCCAGCUCAGGGACGAGAAGGCCAAACUGAAUGAGAAGCUCGAGCAGCUGCUACAGCAAUCGGCACCGGAGAAGAAGGCCUCGAGCAAUCACAGUGGCUGCUCCUUGGAGCCAUGCAAGAACAGCACAGCUGCUGCAGCUUCUAUCGAAUGAAAUGUUGUUUUUACUCAUAUUAUCCACCCAAAUUUUUAGAGGAUAACUACUACUGUAUCAAUAAUAAGAUUAUAAGAGCAUGUGUUACUAAGCAAUGAUAAAUAAUUAUUUAAUGGCGAUAGCUGGGGUCAUGCAUGCAUGCACCCUGCAAUCAGUUUCCCUAUCA